AUGAAGAUUUCCUCCUUCCCUCAUGGCCCUGUAAUGAGUUCCUCUCUGCCUGACUACAUCAUGUUCUUUAUUAUUUUGUCUGUUCACCAAGUAGACUCAGCUCAAUUUAAAGUGAUUGGACCCAACCACCCUAUCAUGGCCACUGCAGGUGAGGACAUUGUGUUAUCCUGUCACCUCACCCCCAGGAUAAGUGCUGAGAACAUGGAGGUAAGAUGGUACCGGUCCCACUUCCAUUCACUCGUGCAUCUGUAUCGUGAUGGGGACAAUCAGAAUGAAAGGCAAAUGCCAGAAUAUCAGGGAAGGACAGAAUUUCUGAGAGAUGACAUCACCAAUGGAAGCAUUGCUUUGAGAAUACGUAGUGUCAGACCCUCUGAUGAAGGACAGUACAGGUGCUUUUUUCGGUCAAGUGAUUUUCACGAAGAAUCAGUGUUGGAACUGAAAGUAGCAGGUCUGGGAUCUACUCCUCUCAUCUCUGUUGAGGGUCACCAGGAUGGAGGGAUUCGAAUGGUGUGUCGAUCAGCUGGGUGGUAUCCAGAGCCCAAGGUGCUGUGGAGAGAUCCCAGUGGACAGCUUUUAACAUCUUUGUCAAAAACAACAUCUCAAGGGGCUAAUGGCCUGUUUGAGACCCAGAAUUCUAUCAUUAUAACAGAGACUUCUAACCAGAACCUGUCCUGUCAUAUCAGGAACACCCUCCUCAACCAAGAAAAGGAGUCAACGGUUUAUGUAGCAGGUUAUCACUAUGGGCCCCCAUACUCCCAGGCUCCUCUGGAACAUUCCCUUGGAGGGUUAGUCUACAUUGCACCCUAA